GGAAGAGAAGAAGAAAUGAAGAGUAUAUAUGCUUCUCACUUGCAACCAUGGAAUGGAAUUAAGACACAAAUUCUUCAUGCCGGAAAAUUCCACAAUGCACGGCUCUCACACCCCUAUAUAUAUGGUCCCAAAGUUUGGUGCAUACUCCCAUCUGCAACAGAGAAAGAUUGUGCCACAGUACAAACUACCUCAUUCUCCAUCAGGUGCACAAUAGAAGAAACUAAGAUUCUCAAAGUGAUGGCGGGGAUCACCGGAUCUCGAGCACUCAUGGUGGUGGCGCUCCUCUGCGCUGCCGCGGCCAUGACUGCUGCACAAGAAGCAUCCAACGUGCGAGCCACGUAUCAUUAUUACAACCCACAACAGAACAACUGGGACCUGAACAAAGUGAGCGCAUAUUGUGCCACAUGGGAUGCCAACAAACCGUUGUCUUGGCGCCAGAAGUAUGGAUGGACCGCCUUCUGUGGACCUGCUGGUCCUAGGGGCCGAGACUCGUGUGGCAAGUGUAUCCAGGUGAAGAACCGGGGAACAGGUGCGACAAUAAUUGCGAGGAUUGUUGACCAAUGCAGCAAUGGUGGGUUGGAUCUGGACUACGAGACCAUCUUCAAGAAGAUCGACACAGAUGGUCGUGGCUACCAGAUGGGUCACCUCCAGGUCGAUUACAAGUUCGUCAAUUGUUGAUUUGGUCAUGCCUCUUUGCAUGAUCAUAUACUGGAAUAAGAAAUAUAUGGUGUUAUACAAUAAGAUGGAAGAGGUUGGCACUCUGUAAUCAUGCUGAAUAAUGAAUAAACGAAAUUACAGUUCAACAAAGAUUGUUUCAUAUCC